AUGGAUUAUGCAAACAAAGGUAAUUUAAGAGGAAACUUAACAAGAAUAAUCAAAAGUGAUUGGAAUCAAAAAUUAUAUAUGUUAUAUGGAAUUAUUUCUGGACUUAAAAAGAUACAUGAUCAAAAUCUUAUUCAUUGUGAUUUUCAUGAUGGCAAUAUUUUAAAUCAUAAUGAGAGUAAAAUUUAUAUUAGUGAUUUAGGAUUAUGCCAACCUGUAAAAUCAUUUUUGAAAAAAUAUGAUAUUUAUGGUGUUAUACCAUUUAUGGCACCUGAAGUUUUAAGAGGAAAACCUUAUACUCCAGCUAGUGAUAUAUAUAGUUUUUCUAUGAUUAUGUGGGAAUUUACAUCUGGGGUACCACCAUUUAAUAAUAGAGCACAUGAUUUUCAACUUAGUUUAAGUAUUUGUAAAGGUGAACGUCCUGAAAUUAUUGAAAAUACUCCACAAUGUUAUGCAAAUUUGAUGAAAAAAUGUUGGAAUGAAGAUUCAUCAAAAAGGCCAUCAUCUGAAGAAGUGGUAGAUAUUAUUGGAAAAUGGAUUUUUCGUCCAUUUGUAGUGAAAGUUGAAGAUAUUAAUGAAGAAUUAAAUUGCAAUAUUAUGGAAUUUAUAAAUGCACCAAUUGGACAUAACAAUAAACUUACUACUAAAUCUCAUCCACAGGCACAUUAUACAAGUCGCUUACUUGAUUUUACUAGUGAAGAAUUGAAUAAAAUUCUUGAAAGUGAAGAUUCACAAGAUUCUUCUACUGGUAUAACUGAAGAUUUGAAUGAUUAUAUUAAAACAGAUAAGAAAUAAUUAAUUAUUUGUAUUUUUAUAAGAAUUCAUAGUUCUUUUUAAGUG